UAAUUUUUUUGAUUAAGUUAUACUCAUUUUACAAUGUUGUGAGUAAUGUGUAAGUUAUUUAGAGAGUUAACACGAGAUACUUGGACUCUCAAAGAAGCUUGCUAAUGCAGAUGAUGCUAAAAGAAUGCUAAUUUAGUUGCUUAUAAAAUGUAUAGAGGUAUGUGUGUUCCUUCUCACAGGGGUUAGUAACUUGGGGAGCGGGGCUGCUACAGAUUCAGGUCCUAUUUCAGUGGCAGGUCCAUCUUAUCUCCCCUUCAGUUCAUAUUCUCGGGCAGGAGCUACAGGAUGACAGGACUAAAACAAUUUACUUCCUUUGCUUACCCUCAAGCCUAUAAUAGGCUUCUGCAGGACUUCCUUGGUUGCUUUCAUCAUCACCUUCACCACCAGAGGUCAGGGAAACCUGAUUAAUCAGGGGCCCUGAAAGUGAUACAGAAAAGUAUUGAUUUAAAAGUAAUAUUUAUUUAGGGCUUCCUAUGAACUCAUUGCCUAAACUGUGGUCCUAUUUAAUCUUCACAACCACUCUUAUCAAAUUGGUAUUGAUAAAUCUCAGGUGUACCCAAAAUAAGUCUCUGUGUCAGGUUGUGAUAUUUUUAGGCCUCUUAGGUCUUUAGGUUUGUCUGGGCACCAGACGUAAGGCAGUUGAACUUAAUGCCCUUGCCCUAAGCAGCUCCAGGUGCCAAGAAUUGGCCAAUUUCUACUUUGGAUUCAAUGGAUGGUCAAAAAGGAUCAUAAAGCUUCAGGAUCUUUCUGACCUUCAAGAAAGGGAAAAUGAAGAUAUUGUGGCACAACAUCAGAAGCAAAGCCUGGAGUUCUGUGCUUUAGAGGUGUUGUUGCUGUCCUAUGAGGGCAGGAGUCCUGGAGCUGGCAUGGCCGAGGAACCCUUGCACAAGCUGGAGGAAGGGCCAUUACAUUAUCAUACCUUAUGAAAAGGAAGAUAACCCAGAAGCUUGCUAUUCAAAAGGCUAUGACAGAUGCAUUCCAGAAACUGCUGGUUGUGGUUUUAGGUCAGCUACUUUUCUUGGAAGCAGUGUGGCCAAGGGGAGGAAGAAUGUCUCUCAGAUGUCAGCUUUGAGGAGGAGGAGUUCAGAUGCCCAGAACUGGGCUAGCACUUCUGAAUCUUCCUGAAGGCCGGGCCCUGUGACUUCCUUGGGAAGCUCUGCACCACCUCACCCCCACCCCUGCGCUGCUGGAGCCUGGGGCCACUCUGGUCUGCAGCCCAAAUCCUGCCUCGUUGUGCUGGGGUUGGAGAGAGGGCCUGGCAGGAGGAGUCAGCUGAGACUUGGCUCCUGUACCCGGACUUAGAGUCAAAUGGAGAGCUGCCUGCAGGGCCAUAUGAAGAUGUUGCUGUUCCACGUCAAGGUGAGAAUGACAGGAUAACCCAGCAUCAAAAGCUCCCAGAGGAGGUUCCAGUGCUAGGCUGGGAUCAGAAUCAGGCCCCAGCUCUGUCUCGACCUAAAGGUAAUAAGAUCAAAGCUGUAGAUAUAGAUCUACCUUUGGAUCUUCUGGGAAGCCCAGAUCAGCCUCCAGAGCCCCCUGAGGAGGCUGAAAUGUCCUCAUCCCUGCAGGAGGCCCAGGCUCAGCGUCCAGAGCCCACUCAGGAGGUUGAGUCUCCACCCCAGCAAGAGGGUCCUGCUCAAAAUCCACAGACCCCUGGGAAGGUUGAAUCUUUUCCGCCCCAGGCAGAGGCCCAGGCUCAGCGUCCAGAGGCCACUGAAGAGACAGAACCAGCUCCACUUCAGCAGGGGGCUCUGUCUCAGCCUUCAGAGGGCCCUGAGGAAGUAGGCGCUGCAGUCCCUUGGGGGGAGGGAGGGCUUCAGGAGCUUUUAGCUGAACAAUUAAGGCCUCAUGGUCCCAAUGAGAAUGAAGCUCAGCAGUCAGACCUGCACAGUGUCAGUGUUAACCCUGUGGAUCUGGCACUUACUAUAAAUCCAGAGGUCACUAAUGUGGUUGAAACUUCUCCAGUUCUGCAGGAGGCCCCCUAUCAGCCUCCAGAGAGCCCUGAGGAGGUGGAACCUUCUCCAGUCCAGGAGGAAGCUGCGUCUCAGCCUCCAGAGAGCCCCGAGGAGGUGCAACCUUCACUUGAGCAGGAGGCCCAGGCUCAGCCUGCAGAGCAUCCUGAGGAGGCGGAACCUCCUCCAUUCCCUCAGGAGGCCCAGGCUCAGCCUGCAGAGCGCCCUGAGUAUGACUCUGCCCCACUCCAGCAAGAGGCCCCAGCGCAAGUGCCGGGGUUCCCUGGUGAGACUGUACCUCAGUUUCCAGCGAGAGAUGAGGCAGCAGCUCGACCUGGAAGUAAGUAUCCAGCUCACUCCAACCCAUCCAGUGUUACACUUAAACCAGUGGAUUUGGAACUUACGGUCACUCCAGAGCCUGCUAAGGAAGGCGAGUUUACCACAGCCCAGCAGGAGGCCCUGCCUCAGCUUCCAGAGAGCCCUGAGGAGGUGGAACCUUCUCCAGUCCAGGAGGAAGCUGCGUCUCAGCCUCCAGAGAGCCCCGAGGAGGUGCAACCUUCACUUGAGCAGGAGACCCAGGCUCAGCCUGCAGAGCAUCCUGAGGAGGCGGAACCUCCUCCAUUCCCUCAGGAGGCCCAGGCUCAGCCUGCAGAGCGCCCUGAGUAUGACUCUGCCCCACUCCAGCAAGAGGCCCCAGCGCAAGUUCCGGGGUCCCCUGGCGAGAAUGUACCUCAGUUUCCAACGAGUGACGAGGCAGUAGCUCGACAUGGAAGUAAGUAUCCAGCUCACUCCAAGCUGUCCAGUGUUACACUUAAACCUGUGGAUUUGGAACUUAUGGUCACUCCAGAGCCUGCUAAAGAAGGCGAGUUUACCGCAGCCCAGCAGGAGCCCCGGCCUCAGCCUCCUGAAUAUUCUGUGGAGGCAGAACCUUCUCCAACCCCGCAGGAUGCCACAGGUCAGCCUCCAGAGCCUCCUGAGGAAGCUGAGCCUUCUCCAGGUGAACAGGGACGACCGGCUCAGCCUUAUGAGCCUAAUGGGGAAGUUGUACCCUUCUCAACCCAGCAGGAGAGCCCAGCUCAGCCCACAGAGCAUCCUGAGGUGGUGAACCCAGCCACCCAGCAGGAGAGCCCAGCUCAGUCUCCAGCAGAGAUAGAGCCUUCCGCAACCCAGCAGGAAAGCACAGCUCAGCGUCCACAGUCUCCCGCUGAGGCCGAACCCUCUCCAGCUCAUUCUCAAGAUCAUGUGACAACAGCUUCUCCUCCAGGCCAGGAUCAAGCUCAGUCUCUGCAGUGGCCCAGUGUCACUGUUAACCCAGUGGACCUUGCACUCACCAUAACUUCAGGGCCCACAAGUGAAGCUGGACCUUCUCCGCCCCAACAGGAGGCCUCAUCUCAGUCUGCAGGGUCCCCUGAGCAGUUGGAACCGUUACUGGUCGAGCAGGAGGUUCCGGAACAGCCUCCAGCCCCCUCAGGAAAUGGUGAACCUUCUCCAGUCCAGCUUGAGCCCCCAACUCAGCCUCCAGAGACCUCUACAGCUGCCGCAGCUCAACAUCCAGUACUUAAUGAGGUGACGUUCUCACCUGCAGGGCCAGGUGAAGCUCAGCAUCCAGUGAUGCCUAGUACCAUAGGCAAACCCCUGGAUCUCACAGUUGUCAUCACUCCAGAGCCUGCUAAGGAGGCUGAAAGUUCUCCAGAGCAGCAGGAGGGCUCUGCUCAUUUUCCCGUUUCCCCCGAGCAGGCUGAAUUUUCUCCAGUCCAGUCUAAGCCUCUUUCUCCGUCUCCGGAGCACCCUGGGAAGGUUGAAUCUUUCCCAGGACAACAAGAGGCCACAGCUCAGACUACAGGUCCCCCUAAGGGGGUGGGGCUUUCUUCGGUCCAGGAGGAAGCCCCGGCUCAACCUCCAGAGCCACCUAAGGAGGUUGAGAUGACAGUUGGAACACCAGGACAGAAUCACGCUCAGCAUUCCAGCUCGCCCAGUGUCACUGAUAAAGCUUUGGACCUGGGGCUUACCGUGACUCCAGGGCCUCUUACAGAGGCUGGACACUCUGCAGCCCUGCAGCAGACGACAUCUCAUCCAACGUACAUGGAGGUGACACCUCCACAGGCAGAGCAGGUGCUGGCUCAGCAUCCAGCCAUGACUGAGUUCACAGUUCAACCUCUGGAUCUGGAACUUUCACUAAGUCCAGAACCUGAUACAGAGGCUCGACCUUCUCCAACCACACAGGGGACCCCAACUUGGCCUCCAGAGCCCCAUCAGCCUUCAUUGUAUCAGGAGGUGACAGUUCCCACACCAGACCAGGAUCACCCUGAGCAUCUACUGCCAUCUAGUGUCAUAGAUAAACCUUUGGAUCUGGAGCUUACCAUGACUUCAGUACCUACUACGGAAGCUGAACAUUCCACAUCGCCCCCUCCAGAACACCCUGAGGUGACACUCACCCCUUUAAGCAUCACUCCAGUCACAGUUCACACUGUGGACCUGGAAGUUACUGUAAAUGGAGCAUCCAGUGUGGAUGUUGAACCUUCUCCGACCAAGCAGGAGACCCCAGCUCAGCCUCCAGAGCCACCAAAGGAGGUUGUUGUUGAAUAUCCACCCCAUCAGGAGGUGACCAUUCCGACUUCAAUUAAGGGUCAAGGUCAGCACACAACACCGUCCAGCGUCACACCUCAUCACGUAGACCUGGAGCUAACCAUGACUUCAGAACCUGCUAUGGAGGCUCAACAUUCUACAGUCCUCCAGAAGACUACAGCUCCUCCUCCUGAGGUGGCACUUGCACAUCCAGACCUGACUCGAGUCACAGUUCCCCCUGUAGGUCAGGUAGAUACCAUAACUCGGCACCCAGGGUCACUGAAAACACCUGCUUCGGCUGAGCCUUCGGUGGUGCAUUCUGUACCAUACACCUCAGAAAAGGAGCAACCGGAACAGAGCGCUCCCACAAGUGUGGACAUCUGUGAGCUCUGCAUGUGCAGUAAUAAGAUCUUGUCCUGCACUGGUCUCAGCCCAGAGGAGAGGCUCCAGACAGUGCCCGUGCCGCAGCCCAGCAGCUACAACGGCACCUUCACCAUCCUAGAUUUCCAAGGAAACUCUAUUUCUUACAUUGAUGAAAAUACUUGGAAGCCUUACCGCUGGACUGAGAAACUAAUUCUCAGAGAUAAUUCUUUGACUGAGUUGCGUAAGGAUUCAUUUAAAGGCUUGCUAGCCCUGCAGUAUUUAGAUUUAUCUUGCAAUAAAAUACAGUUUAUUGAAAGCGGUACAUUUGAAUCACUACCUUUUCUGGAGUUUGUCAAUCUUGGUUGUAAUUUAAUAGUAGACCUGAGCUUUGGAACGUUCCAGGCCUGGCAUGGAAUGCAGUUUUUACAGAUGAUAAAUCUCAGUCAUAAUCCUUUGACAACAGUUGAAGAUUCUUAUCUUUUUAAAUUGCCAGCAUUACGAUAUUUAGACCUGGGAAAAACAGAAGUCUCGCUUACAACAAUUGAAAGAAUCCUCAUGAUAAGCGUUGAAUUGAAAACACUGAUCUUACCUAGCCAUAGGAUCUGCUGCCUCUGCCAAUUUAAAACUACUAUUGAAGUUGUCUGCAAGACAGUCAAGCUGCACUGUGACAGUGACUGCCUGGCAAGCACCACACGUUGUGGUGAAGAAGCAGCUGUAGGGAACAUAGAAGGAUCGCUCAUGAAGGUGUUACAAGCCCGGAAAAAUAAUACCAGCACCGAGCUGAUUAUUGAGCCAGAGAAGGCGUCCUCGGACGAACAUGGUGUCAGCUUCUCAGCCUUCGUCGAUAAACAGCUAGACUUUAAUGACGAAAUUGAUGUUAUUAGUGCAGUAAAUUAUGUACUGCCUUAUUUCUCGGAGGGAAAUCUAGAAGACUUAGAGACAGCAUUUUUACCAUUCAUAAAACUUCUCUUUUCCCAUCUACAAGAUGGAGAUAAGUCCCUGGGUUAUUUGGAAAAAAACACAAGGAACCGUUUUGUUCAACCUGAAUCCAACAACUUACCUUAUAAAAAUAAACUGCAGAGAUUCUAUCAUCUGAAAAAAUGGUCAGAUUCAGAAAUGCAAAAAAAAAUCGAUGAGGUUGAAAAGAAGGAAAAAGCUGCCAGGCUUGUACGUGCCGACCCUUUGGGUCACAAAUUAUGGCAGGUCUUUCAAGAGCAACUGGACACUGCCCAACCACAGGAAAACAGCCCGGCAAAGACUGAAAGUGUAGGGAAAAGGCUGCGGGGAGUGGACUGGGUCCUCAGGGGCCCAAAUGGCAUCAUCAAAAAACGUGUCAAAAAACUGAUGCGUAGGAGGAAACAGAAUUCCCAGCCAGCUGUGGAGAACACUGCCAAGGAUGAAAAGCAGUUGGACACUGCCCAACCACAGGAAAACAGCCCGGCAAAGACUGAGGGUAUAGGGGAAAGGCUGCAGGGAGUGGACUGGGUCCUCAAGGACCCAGAUGUCAUCGUCAAAGAAAGUGUCGAUGAACUGAUGCAUUGGAGGAAACAGGAUGCCCAGCCAGCUCUGGAGAACACUGCCAAGGAAGAGGCACUCAGAAGGCAGUCCCCAGGAGCAGGGGGGCAGCUUCAGAUGAUGUGGAGGCCCCGGAAGUUAGUGGGAAGCUCGUUCAACACAAAACCCUCACUUAUAAAUGAAGACAAAGCAGCAGUCUCUUCUUCCCUGCCCCCUGCCCCCACCCCUCCUAAAUCUGAGGUUAGACAGGAAUCAAAAGACUUAUCCUAUAGUAUUUUAGAAGACGCAGAAAGUAUAGUUAGAAAUAUGGAAGCUUCUAAACCAACCUCACGUCCCAGAAAAAGACGCCUGUUCCUUGGUAGUCGCUCUCGUGCGAUGCACAGCUUAUUCCAGGCCAAAAGGAAUCGAACUUUGAAAAGGAAAGAGCUCCUCAGGAGUAUAUCUGCAGGCAGGCCUCCCUCUGCAGUGAGGAGCCUCAUAAAUUCUCCUUCAGGAGAAGCUAUUUCUUCUUCAGCAGAACUAAAUUCUCAUGAAAACCCACCAGAGUUAUUUUCUUCUUCAGACCCUCUUGCAGGAAAGGCAACUGUGCCGGAAGGAGCUCUCUCUGAAGUCGCUGCCCGUACGGACGUUCCCAGCACAUAUUCUGUUACUACAGGCAACUUUGUGCCAACUGUUGAACACACGGACGAAACACAAAGGGAAUACCUCAACGUGGGCACUGAAUUACCCUCUAAACCCACCAGCUUCACUUCCCCAGGGCUUCCAUCCUUGGGUGAUCAGUUUGAACUCCAGGUAAACCAGCAGCUACGGUCCAUCGUACCAAAUGGUUACAUGAGAGGCCUCAUUUCUCAUUUGAUCCGAACUCUCAAAAUGGACUGCUCUGAGACGCACGUGAAGCUGUCCUGUGCCAAGUUUUUCACCAGAACAGGCCUUCUGAUAAAGCUGCUCAGUGAGCAGCAAAAAGUAAAAUUGUCCCCGGCAGAGGGGGAUACUGACCUGUGGAAAACUGAGAACUACAUCAGUGAGAGCGCAGAAGGCCAGAGUGAACAGACAGGGCAGGUGCCACAUGAGCUCACGGAGGAAGUUCCAGGAUCCGGCUAUAAGAGCAAAGUCAUGUGGGCAGUAUUAAUAUCUGUGGCAGCAACUGCAGUAGUGGCGGUCUUGGUUAUAAGUUUCUGCCUUUUUGAGAUUUGUUCACGCAGAAAAGCAGCAAAAGAUCAGAAAAAAAGCGUAAGGGGCUUCUUUCGGUUUUUGCUGCGUAGAAAAUGCUCAGAGCAAAGUGAGAGCCAGGAGGGCUUCUUCCAGAGAAUGCGGCCGCUCUGGCUCAGGGACAUGUACAGACCUCUCAGUGCCACACGCAAAAAAAAUAUGGUGCAGAAGCUACAUGAUGGGGAGUCUUCUGACGAGGAAGAGAUUUUCAGUAAGGAUGCGAGGGCACCCACGGAUGACGCAGCUGACGUGGUCCUGACCAGCGAGCCGGACGAGCCGGAUGAGGAGAGCGAGACGGUACUGGGGAGCAACACGGUGUGAGCGCCGUCCCGCCUCGGGCCUCCUGUGCAUUUUAUUUUCUAAUAUUAUCUUUUCAGAAAGAUUGCUUAUAAAAUACUCCUUUUUCUCCAGUGAAGAUGUACAAAUUCCAACCAAUUCUAGCCACGUGGUGAGGACUUAAAAUGUAAAUAGUUGAAUAUUUAUAAGCAAAGAACAAGGGCCACAGGCAGGAGAAAGCAGGGCUGAGGCUAGAAUCCCUCAUAGUAGGCAGUGCUUCCGUGAGGGGUGACGUGGGCACAGGAGGAUGACUAGAAGGAUGAAGAAGGGCUUCUCUCCCUUGUUUCCCCAGUAUAGUCAGUCCCUGGGAACCGGGAAGCAUGUCGUGUGCCGGGGGUAGGAUCGUGCAGUCACGGCACAGCCGGCGCUGGCUCCCCCCCCUGCUCCGGCCGGCGGGGGCUACUCACAGCACGGCUGCCCCUGCCGGCGGGGGCCCCGCUCACAGGGGCUGGGGCGGCCAGAAGGUUUGCGUCCCUGGGCUGCCUCCACCCUGAGACCAAGGCCUGGCUUUUCUCCGAAGCUCUCAAACUCGUGUACAGAUGUGUUUCCUGUCAUGGUAGGGGGUUCUCCACCCUUUGAAGCUGGUGGAAAAUUCUCAUUGAGUUUUUUCUUCUCUAAAAAACCCCUAACCCUUGGAGAGCUAGCUGGAGGGACAGGGUAGAGAAUGGGUGGGAGCAGCCAUUGCCCAAGGUGGCCAUCCCCAGGCCUCCCCUGGGCUGCCCUGGCCUCUCCUGACCCCACUGAGGGUCUGCCACGUGCUGCUCAGCUCCCUCCAGCUCAGCCCAGCACCAAACCUCCCCACUUCCUGCCUCACCCAGCACAGGCCUGUGGCUGCGUGAUUUCAAGCGAGUGUGUAAUGACAGUGCCACCUGCAUCAGCUGCAAGGUUCUUCCACUCCUGCAAAGGAAGUCAUUAUUCAGUCGCAUUUAAUAAGCCAGUGAUGGUUGAAGUACCUUAGUGAGUAAAAGGAAUUCUGAAUGAGUCAAUAACAGUGACAACUACAGUGAGGAGAAUGAUGGGAGCUGUUUACCGAGCACCUGCUCUGGGCCAGGUGCAGUACUAGGCACUUGAGUCACACCAUUAGGUCAUAAGAACAGAAAGUCCCCAUGCCCGCCCAGACUCUGUAAUGAGUCAGGGGUUGAUGUCAACGAGGGAGGUGGACACGAAGACAAGGAGCUGAUGAGAAGCCAGGGAUAAAGAUCCUCAUGUUGCUGGGCUUCCCAACGUGCGGGCCAGGAUUCCAAGUAGCUCCAGGUUCCUAUGUGGGGAUGUUUCCAUUAUUUCAAUGUUGGUACAUAGAGGGAGGCUUAGGUAAGAUUUUUUAUGUCACACUACCUCCAAUUUGCACAAUUCUUUAUUAGUCUCAAAUGCUACCCUAAUGUAUUUCUAAAUAAAAAUGCCCAAGAGUAAGGCUCUGCUUUGCCCAGCUUGACCCAGAUUGGGCAGUGCUUUUGCCAGAACACAGACUUCACCUGGCCCGCCUGUCUGUCCUUGGCUCAGGGACACACCCUGGCUCUAGGAGUCAGCUGGUACAAAAACCAUGGCCACCUACAGCUGCCUCUGUCUCCAUCAUACUGAUGGGCAAACUAGCUCGGAGUCCGGCUCCUUACUGAGAACUGAGUGACAGAACAAGGGACAGAGAUACAAGGCCAACAGCUACUCAGUGAAAAUUCUCACUGAUUCUAAUGAGAUCUGUCAGAGGAAUUAGCCAUUUUUAAAAUGGUAAUGAGACGAGGCAAUGAAUGAGUAGGGCAAGAAUGACACAGAAGAGUUGUAGGGUUCGGAGGAGGGAAGGUUAGGAAGCUGGGGAGAGUCCAUGAAAAAGGUGGGACUUGUCCUGGGCCCGGGUUACAUGCCAGACACUGUGCCUGGUGCUGGAGGAAGAGUUGGCUAGGACACAGUCCCUGUCCUCCAGGCACUCCUAAGACUGGGAGGAGGGACAGUCUCCUGAAGCUGCACUUAUAAGACAGUGUGUUGACGUGACAAUGGCAGUGUGCCAAGUGGUGGUUCAGCUCUUGGUUGGCUGGAAAGGAGUAAAUGUGAGGGAUGGCUUGGAGGAGGGGAAGAGGAAGGAAGCCACAUAGAAGUUUAGGCUGAUGAGAUGAAGGAAAGGCGUGGUCUAGACAGGACAGUGCAGCGAUGAGAAGCUUGAAACCCUCGGUGUGCUCACGCGUGAGCAGCCUGCUGCUCCGGAGCACGCAGCGCGAGGCAGGAAAGGCAGUGUGUAAGGCCGCGCAGGAAGCAGGGGACCAGUCCCCGGUGUCCUGGCGGAGGCACGUGGGCGUGACCAGGCAGCACAUACUGCAAUGUUUUAAGCAGAGAAGGGUCACGAUCAAGCUUGAGUUUUAGAAAGAGCACUUUGAAGGUGGUCUGGAAGUAGAGAGGCCAAGAGAUCAACUUGGGGGUAUAGACCAAGUAGGAACUGGGAGGAAGUGGGGCACCAGACUGGAGGUUUUGAUGCAGCUGAAGCACGUGUAUGGUGGGUACACAUGAGUGAGAACUGGAAGGACAAAUGCUUAUGUUCAGAGAACGAACGGUUGGACUUUUGAGAGUUUGUAUGGUAGAUUCCAGAUGAUAAUAAGGUCCAAGUGUAACCUGGGGGUGGGGCUCAGGAAGUAUCAGGAAUCCAGGAAGUGAUGAGAAAGAGCUCGAAUGACCUUGGAGACUCACUUGUUUCCCCUUUAUGUAGCUCAGCAGAAAGCUAGCUCAGCAGGCACCUGCAGGGUCGGGAGGGGGGAAACAUGCGCCCCUUCUGUCCUUUCUGCCCUCUGGCAGUUCCCAUUAUUACUGGUACAGGUGUUCCCCGCCUCCCGGUCCCUACAGUUGUGGGGCACUGCGGUCCCUACAGUUGUGGGGCACUGCCGGCGGCUUGCUCCCUGCAGGAGUGCUAGCCACGGGACCCACAGUCAGAAAAUACAGCUCCCAUUCAAAAGGGCUGCCAGAGAAAUGGCAUCUAUAUAAUUAUGAAAAGGGAAGUAUAAUUUCUCAAAAUAUGAUCUGUAGACCUCUGUACUGAAACGUCCCUGGGGUGCUUAUUUAAAAGGUUAAUAAAUAUAUAAAUAACAAGACUAGUCCUGGACACCUCCCCUUUCCAAAAAUAAACAAAGUCAGAAAAAUGCAAGUGGAUGUACCCCGGAGUAAGAUGUACGUAUUACUGAACUCCUAACUUUCAGAUGACCCAGUGGGCCGCGGAGUAUUUAUAAUAUUAGAGGGAUAAGAAAAGCUCUGCAUGAAGCAAUGGUGAGAGUUCCUUUUUUUUUUUUGUUUUUUUUUUUUUAAUAUUGUUUUGGGGGAGGUAAUCAGGUUUAUUUACCUAUUUUAAUGGAGGUACUGGGGAUUGAACCCAGGACCUCAUGCAGCCUAGGUAUGCACUCUGCCACUGAGCUUUACCCAACCCCCGAGUUUGUCUUCAAUUAAGAGUGCAUUAAGAGAAGUAAGAGAACAGGGAGGAGUGGUGAGUCCAAAAGUUUAAUUAGACAGCUCCUAAAGCAAUCUGGAGGAGAGACAGUUAAGAUACAGAUGAACGACCUAAAUGUAAAGGUAAUGUUGAAAUAGAAAUAGAAUGCGGUAAUUUUUACAAAAGUAGGAAGGAGAUGUCUUAAGUUUGAGCCACUAAAAGAAAAUGAUGCCUUUAAUGAAAAUAAUUAACAAGGGAGUAAUUUAAGAAACAUCAGUCCAUUUUGGGUGUGUUUUCAAGGGCUCCUGUGGGACAUUUUUGAGUUUGUUUUUGUUUUUGUUUUAUGUUUUUAUUGAAGUAUGGUCAGUUCACAAUAUUGUGUCAAUUGCUAGUGCACAGCACAAUGCUUCAGUCAUAUAGGUACAUGCAUGUAUUUGUUUUCAUAUUCCUUUCCAACAUAAGUUACUACAAGAUACUCAAUAUAGGUCCCUGUGCUAUACAUUAUAAACUUGAUGUUUAUCUAUUAUAUAUAUAUUAGUUAGAAUUUGCAAAUCUCAAACUUUGGGACAUUUUUGGAAAAAAAAAAUACUAGACAACACAAGGAAGAAAAUGGUAAGUUCUACCAAGGAAAUUCAAACCAAGCCAUGUAGGUUUAGAGAAAGAUGUUUCGUUAAAUAUUAAAUAUACAUAUUUGUAUGCUCAUGUGUAUUUACUCU